GUGCCUUCGGGUUGACGUUGAUCGCCGGUCGCCAUUAGUAUAUCUAGUCUGCUAGGAUGGAAUGAAUUCGUGAUUCCCUUACUCCUGCAGCACAUCUUAUACGGGGUGAAGAUGUCGAGGGCUAAUAACCAUAGAGCUUCCGUGAUGUUUUCUACUGGUCUUCGCAGUGCUCCGAGUCUGCACGGCACCUCGAGCGAUAGAACUAUGCCUCCUGCCAUUCCUACACCUAUCCACCGUCAUGCAGCACCAUCGGGACCCUGGCCGUGGGUGGACUUCGACACUGAUUCAGACCUUAUGCUCAAUUAUGGCAACACACCAACCUCACCUGGCACAGCGGGCGAGUCAUGGCGCGGAUACCCUGAGGCUCUCUUUGGAAAUUGGAAGCCGGAUCAAGUGAAGCGGAGCAAGAUGCUUAGCAACUCUCCGGAGCUUGGCAAGUGCUCGGCGCACUGGUUGGACAUUCUCACGAACGGAGCUUUUACGAUUCUGGAUGAGGAGGGACAAGACCAAACAAGUACAAUAGCACCUGAACGGAUAAAUGAGUUUUGGGCGCUGUUGCAGACGCCUCGACCUGCGAAUAUCCGUGUUCGUGCAUUGUUCGUAGAUAAUAUUUCUUCGACUGUGCUGCAGAUGCUUGGAACAAGAUAUAAUAUUGAACCAUUUUUCUUUACUUCAUCCCUAAAUUGGAUACCCUCGCAUUAUCAAGAGGAGGUUCGGUCGGGCAAGGGUGAUCAUAUCACGAUUACGCUUCAAUUCAUGCGGACGAUGCAAAAUCCAGUCACUCGACCAUCAACACCAACAGCCGAAACACCGAAUUCAUUAAGAUCUAUACCCUUACAGCACAUAUCCACUGACGAACCUCAAGUCAUUGAUACUCAAGCACCACUCUCUCUCAGCUGUGGCAACAUUGUUCUCCACGAUCUCCUCGCGAUACAUAUGGUACGCUCAGAGGACUCGAGCACGAUCAUAUCAUAUCAUCCAAGCUCUGGUUGUCGUCGUCCUCCUGCAAAGCGGCUACACUCCAUUGUCUACCGUGCGGGACAGAGUGUAUAUUGGCAGAAAAUCUUCGCCCAAUCCAAGGACCCGACGUUUUUGUUCCUAGCUAUCUUGUGGUAUCCUCUCUAUGCAUGGGACCAGGCAUUUGACGCGCUCUACACUCAUAUCAAUUGGCUGGAAUCUCAAGUGCUGUUGACUGAUAACAUCAAUCUGACUCAUAAACUUCAUAUCAUACAAGCACACCUCCUAAACUAUCAGUCGCUUCUCCGAGACUUCCAGAAAUCCGUCGAGUUCCUUCACAAGACCCCGAAUCCCGCUAUGUACUCCGAUAAAUAUACUCCUAACGAACGCAAGAUUUCCAUGAAUCUCAUGGCAAGGGAGUGUGGGAAUCUACUCUCCGAGAUUGCGAGAUUGGAGAGCAGGCGAUUGAUGCAGAUCAGUAGGCUGAAGAACGUGAUGGAACUGGCGUUUGCGAUUGUCAAUAUAGAGGACAGUAAGCAUAUGAGGGAACUGUCAGAGGUCACCGUCCGAGAUUCAGCUGCGAUGAAACAGAUCUCCUACCUCACGAUGAUAUUCCUUCCCGCUUCCUUCACUGCAGCCGUGUUCGGGAUGAAUGUCAAUGAGGUUACUGGGCAGCAAGGACAGGAGACGCUCGUUCAUUACGUUGCGACGGCAUUAGCGCUCACAUGCGCUACUUCCUGGCUCAUGGUGGCCUGUCAUUCGCACAGUCCUUUUAUCUCCAAGGAUAGCACUUUGGUGCAGCGUGUUAUGUGGCCGAUGUUUUAUAUCUUCAAGCGGUUCAAUGGCAAAUGGAGACAGAAAUCACUGAAGAAUUUUCAGGAUAUUGUUUGAGAUGUUGGCGCACGGAUGAUAUGGGGCGUAGGAUGGUUUGGAGAUGCGUAUGCAUCUGCAUGCAUGAUGUCUUACUAUAUUCGACGUUGUGACCGCACCACUCCCGUCAUGUCUCCUUUAUACCAAACCAAGUUAAUUACA